AGGCGAUCCUAGGAUUUCGUUCAAUGUUGCUAAGCAGUACUAGGUAGGUGUAUUCGGCGCUGUCGUGUCCUCCUGUCAUAGCAAUACAUACGGUAUUGCUUUUGCUCUUUAUAUCUUUGCGUCAAUUCGUGGUGACCGAAAAUAUUUCCAAUUGAAUUUUUGCUUCACCUAUCUUUUCAUUCAUCAAUAACUGAGUAAGAGUAAACACGUCGUACACACAUGGCUCCAGCGUUACCUCGUCGUCUUUUUAGUCAUGACGGUCGUUGCUUGCCGCGAAGUGUGGUGUUGUCUGUGGGAAAAAUGGAAUAUAGCGCAUAGGCCAAGGAGACGGAAGCGCCUAGAAUUUGUGGCUUCUGCCGUCCAGCUCUAGCUCACCUCAGGCUCAAGGAAAAGAGGAAAAUCGUCUUCGCCGUGCUGGCCGCAAAGGCCAAUACGGAGUACUGGAACCGCAAAAGACCAAGACGGGCAGUGCUGAAGACGAAUUAUACGGAGUUCUGACUCUGGCAGAGUCUCUACCUAAGCACUACCUAGCCUUCAACAACAACAAACAAGUACUUACGACAAGAUGGCAACCGGUGGUGGGGGUAAGAAGUUCGAACGCGCUUUGCGUCGUUUCGGACGCAGGAUCUGGGAUACGCCACUGAUCUGUGCUAUGCUAUGGUUUCUUUUUGGCUGUAUCAUGCUUUUAUUCAUGAUCUUCUCGCCGCUGUGCAUCAGUACCAAGCCAUGCAACAUUGCGCAGUUGACAGACAAGAUGGUCUUCACGACUUUCCCCGAUACAGAAGUACCACAUGGCACAUCAGUAUCCGUGUCGUGCUCUCAACCUGGGCUAGUGCCAUCACACCCGGUGCUAGAGUGCAAAGACGGGACAUUGGAACCGAUAGAAAAACUAAUGUGCCAAACGACAGAAAGUGCAAGAGCAGCGCAGCUGAAGGCAAGCAUGGCGCAAGUUAUGUCACCUGGAUGGUGAAAUCAGUGUGUGAUCAUACUGAGCUUUUGAUACACAUAUCGUGUAUUAGUGCCACUGGCAACUCCCUGGUGUUGUCUCGAAAAAUAUAUCACACACCCUCUCCCCGUGGUUCUAAAAACAAGGAAGACAGGAAAAAGAAUGCUGCCUGCCAAAUUAACGAGAACGAAGCCAGAACCUGUCCAGCUGUCGGCACACUGAAACUAUCAUUACCAAACACGAGUCGAGAUUUCUGCUACAGCUAUUGGAGAAUGUAUUUUCAAUACAUCUACAGUUCUUGCAGCGUGUGCACAUCCCUCUACUCGAAAAAUUAAAAUAACCGAGUAGCCUCAAAAAUAGAACUUGGAGGCGUUGUCUUGUUGGAGGUUUUCCCCCUUAAGUGUCUGGGAUUGUGUUGGUCACUUUGGUUUUGGAGAUGCUUAAGCCCUCAAGCUUGAAGAGGCGACCUGAGUGCAAGGAUACCCAGGGGGGGUUUACGCUAGGUUUUCCACCGCGGUCCCGUAAACACGUUGCGCGCCGCGCAACGUGUUUAGGCUAGGUUUUCCGCACGGAAGUAAGGCUUACCUGGGUGGAAUACCUAACCAUCUACAGUUCUUGCAGCGUGUGCACAUCCCUCUACAUGCUCCUGUAACUCCUUCUACACUUUGUUGCCGCCACACUUGCAAGUUUGCUUCAAGCAACAAACUCCACCUCGAAAAUCGAAAAUCCAUUUCCCCCCAACUCCCCCACAGAUGCAUGGAAGUCUACCCACUACUGACUGGCGCCGAGCACGAUAUAUUGACGAACGAGUGCAGAAUCUAUUGUAACCCAGCAGACCCGUACAAAGUUUGUGCGACAUUAAAGGAUGGGCAGUGUCAGAUGAAUUCUAAUUGUAAUUGGGAUCCUGUCGCAAAAACCUGCGAUUCCUAUGCGCCGAAGCUCGAAGACGAGUCAGUCCCUCUUGGUGGAUUCGUUUCGCAGUUUAGAGGUUACACGGAAGCAGAAAAAGAAUGCUUUGUGGUAUUGUUGUGACUACUUUGAAUUUUGUCUUAUUGGCCUCCUCUUUUAGCUGCAUCAACAUCGUUGUACAUUAGCGCAGCCACCACCAGCACAUAGGGUUUUUCUCUUACUUACUCGUCUUGAAGAUAUCUUCACUUUUUUUCUUCCCUAGGCCGGUCCAGAAUGUAUGGAGAUGCGCGGAUCAUGUCGCGACAUUGACAACGGUGAAUACUUGCGGCAAACGAGUUGUAGAAACGGCCGAUCUUACUGGGAAAAGAGAGUUAUGAAAGAGGAUAUUCUUUCGUUUUGGCUUUCAAUUCUUGAAUUAUGCUGUCUCUCUAACAAACACGGGCUUGAGUAGAUGAGUUUCAUCAAAAAUCCAUGCGCACAUAUUAAACAUGCUGCUUGUAAUUGCUUCCCACAUCAAACUGAUAUUUUAUUCCCUUCGUUCUCCGCCACACUUUCAUACACCAAAAAGACCCCAACACGGGUGUUGCGGUCCGAUUUAUCCAUUGGGAUGCGGUGGCUACAACAGCCGCACUCGUGUGCGCACAGGGAGGUCGCUGGAUCUUGCAGCAAGGUUCUCGACCAAACGGUGCAGACACAUGUAAUAUUGUUGCCAGGCAGCAGAGCUUCAACACAGUCCCAGAGUACGAUUUAGGGAACCCUUUGGCAUUGACGGAUUACGACGAUGUCACGAGGAAACAGAUAAAAGUACGUCUUCUAAGAUCUUGGACACGACAUAGGAAACUACACUAGGGAGCAAGACACUCUUUUACAACACUUUAUUCAAGGGUGUACCACCAGACCAGUUAGUUUGUGAGACAACAAGAAUCAAUAAGAAAUUUUACUUCGUUCACCUCAUUCAAUGAAUCUCAAUCUUUCAAACAAACUUCUCGUCGUCCCACAACCAGGCCGCCGCCGCCCGUCAGCGACUUCAAUGGUCGCAUUUGGAGUGUACUUUUGGUGCUGAUGUUGGGGAUGAGCCCAUGUACAUGCGCUUGGUGGAUUGCUCGUGCGAUAGGCGGUUUUGUACAGAUCGAGGAGACGCAGUCCCCAAUCCGGAGUAUCCUGACAGAAGUGAUAUCCGUUGUAUCUGCACAUGUGACGAGGAAAAGUGGGGAGGGCCUCGGUAAUUCUACUCAAUUACUUUAAUUAUACGAGGAAACGAAGGGGAAGGGGAUUGGUUGCUUCUGAUGAGUAGUUAUUCUGAGUUUGAGACUCAAUGUUCUUGGUUAUUGGUGACAUGGUAGUGGAUUGAGGAAGAUGGACUUGUGCACGUCAAUCAACAAACACUCUCAUGCUAAAUCAUCUGCUUUCAUCAGAUGCGACACUCUCCGUUGCAUCGCACGCACAGCUGAGAUCGCGAACGCGCAUCCUGAAGGCGUCUGCCAAGAGGGUCGCUAUUUCACGGAGGGUCAAUUCUGCACCCCGCGAUGCGCUGAUAGGUUUAUGCCUACCGAUCCCGGUCCUUUCGAAUGCAUGGGUGAUGGCAGCUGGGAGGACCGAGGAAAGGUCUUUGAUUGCAAGAUGACUUUUCACGAAUGCGCAGCGCAUAAGGGAAUAGAAAACGCAGCAACGCCUUCCUGUGAAGAGGGGGAGACAAUCAAGGAGCUAGAAUAUUGCACACCAGCGUGUGUGUUAGGGUUCGAACCGAGUCCGCCACUGCCGAUAUUGUGCACAAGAACAGGUUUAGAACACAGUUUCGAAUGCAAGCGACCAUGCCAGCAGCCAUAUGUCAUAAACGCACAGCCGACGGGAGCGUGUCAGAAGAGAAGACGGAUCGUGGGAGGACAGGUAAGUACAAGUAGGAAAGGAUUUUGUAGUAUUUCUUUUUCGGGUAAUAUGAAUUUAACGCUGAUGAGAAAGAUGAUCUUCCUUCAAUUUAUAAAAAUGGUUCCUCUUCUUUCUACUGAUUGAGAACCCUAAACCAUAAUUAAAUCCAAUAAUCGAACUACAUGCUCCUUCCCAAAUAAACACUCCACACCAGAUCUGUCGUCCCGACUGUCAACCUGGCACUUGGGCGGACCCUCCCACCGACAUCAUUUGCCAAGACGAUGGCCAAUUCCCGAGAGGAUUCAUGUGCAAUCCUGACCCACCUCCAGCUGACUGGGAACCACCAGGCACCAAGCAAGAAGUCGUCUUCGUAGAGGACCCGGACGCUGGGAUUAAGCAUUUUAUUCAAGUAGAACCAGUAAAUUUGGCCGAUUAUCGCGGUAACGGAACCUGUCCGCAAGGCUUUACGGAUUAUCCGGAUUGCAGAACGAGGAAUAGGUGUCAAAUAGUAGCUGACAUUCCAAAUUCCGCAGACCCUCCAUGCGACGAGGGCUUAGUGGUAGCCAUCCAGUGCACGCCCAACUGCAAGACAGGCUUUCAAGCAGACACGCCUCUGUUGGUGUGUAGGGAUAAUUUAUGGGUGAAAAGUGAUAGGCAUAGACAUGCCACAUAGACACACAUCAGGUAUUGAGGUACAUCACUGCUCUAAUCUGCAUUCUCUAUCCUCCGGCUUUCGAGUGCCUACCAGAAUUCGCAGGCACCUGUGAGAUCAUGGUAUACACUUCUUUCGGUGUCUGCGGUCUUUGGGUUUUAGUCCUCCUCUGUCUCUUCUGCGUGGCGAGGGAAAAGCAGAUACCACGGCAUAUCAACGUUAGAGCGGAGAUGGAUAAUUUCAGACCUUAUGCGAGUGCAGUAAACCCGGAAGACGAAGAAAUGAAAGCACUCACUCCGAAAUCGAAGAAACAAAGGCUACCAGGAGUGCCAGAAGACGCAUUAUUUGUGGACGACGACGAUUACCCACCAGGAAAGUAUCCACCAGGGAAAGGGCCUAGGAAAAAGCAAGCGGGAGAAGGAGGAGUGGUAAUCAUCAAUUUUGGAGGUGGUGGGUGUCAGUUAAUUUUGGACGUUGCUUCUGGAUGAACGACAAGGAUUUUUCUUUGACAUCCAUUUAGAUUUUCAUUAUCACAUCGAUAUCAGUUUCUAACCAUCCAAGAGCAUUCCCACACCUACUUGCGUACACCAGUUCGAUUUCCGAAGUUUCAAGAUGAAAAGUCGUGAUCUCACUUCCGAAGAAAAACGCGCUAUCAUCGACAACAAGAACCCCACUGACUUCUUCGUUCCAAGGAGUCAACUCGAAGAGUACAUGUCUCGGAGAGCGGUCUUAGACUCGCUAGCAGCUGGAGACGACGAUGAUGGCACUACACAAGUGUCACAAGCGAGCAUUAUGGCCUCCUCCCUAAAGCUAAAUUUUCAAGUAGAGCAUCUUGUCGAGAACGGUCUAGACUGGACAUAGAUUGUGGGAAGGAUGCUCUUCAAGAUGGCUUAGGGGUGUUCUCUAAUAGUAGUUUCAGCAUGAUGAGUUACGCUAGUUACGACCCAAGCGAGGGUCUGAAAAGUCCACAGGGCUACCCUCUGCAGAGGUUCAUCACGCCAAAGUCUGGCUACAUCUGCGACGCCUGCGAUUUGACGAAGCCCAAAGGAGCAGUGAUGUUUUCAGCUAGGGAAGAAUCUUACGAUAUCUGCAACGAAUGCGUGAUCAAAAUGGCUCAUGGCUACGGAACUCCGAAGGAUCUGGCGAUACAAUUAAGGCUGUUUACCCUAAUCUCCUCCUCCUAUUUUUAGAUAGAACGAAGCAUCUUGGAUCUUGCUUCCUUGGGGCUGCUUCUUUGUUUCAUAAGGCGUAAACACCUCCAUCAAUCUUCAAGAUGACCUUCAAAAUAGGAGACCACUUGGGUGAGCCUCUAAUACAAGAGGACAAUCGAAGAGCGAGGCUAGCACAGGAAGACCCAGUGGAACCGUCUCCGCAUGAGAAGAUGCUGGCGUCAGCAGCGAAGAGGAAAAAAGAAGACCAAAGAGUAGUGACUGAGAAGAUGCGGUUGACAUGAUAGCCGAACAAUGUAGGAAGUCAAACGUUUUGCUUCCUACUUCUAGUUGUUGGUCCUCCUUUCCCUGGCUCGAGCGCACCUUAGAAUUAGUCACAAUCUCCACACUCGGCUGCCCCUUGUCUUCAAAACCCGAUGCACGCUUCCUUGUCAUAUCAGCUUCUUGUUUUUUCAGGCUAAUAAUUGUACUGCUCAAUCAUAGCCAUCAAAUGCGUGAGAAAUUAAAUCCUAUUGUGAAGAACAAAUACAAAGAAACCUACGAAUACUUCUGUAUAUUACCUAGUACAUGUGCAUCUUUCUGGUAAAAAACACUAAAAAGGACUUGUAUGAAACUCUAAAUGUCGUAUCAGUGAUCCUGUAAACUCCUGCUUUCGCCUAGCGCGUCGCUGUGCUUCAGGCUCUGCCUGUGGGCCGUCUGCAGGUCUGUGGCUAGCCGUCUACCCUUCUCCUGAUCAUGAUAAUAAUAUUGACCCUGUGAAAGAACUUUUUACUUUUCUACUAGGGUACAACUUAUAGAGGACAAAUUUGAGGACUCCGUUAUACACUUUUCAUCUUAAUACCACCGAAAUUGCUACAUUUUUGAAGCUUCUUAGACAACCGGGACGAGGUAACGAGGAUCAACAUGAAGUCAUUUUUUCGACAAAGAAUAUUUGUUCGAGUAUUCUUGAUGGGCGCAUAAGUCGCAAAUAUUCCAUACUCGCUUUUUCUAGCCAGCAGUGGCCCAGUGUGGCCUUGCUUUCUAUACUUCUGAAUGCUGCUCCCAGCUGCUUGUGCCUCAGAUCCUGGUCGCUCA